AUGAGUUUUAAAAAUUUCCAACAAAUGAAUCAUUUCAUCAAUAAAUACAAAUCCGACGUUGAAAAGGUUGAAAAUGCAAGACUUAUAAUUGAAGAAAAUGAAGCCAAACUUCUUUCAAUCAUACUCGACCUUUGGGAAAGGACUAAUUCUAAAGAAUUAAUUUCCAUAAUGGAUGAAAUAUAUCAAGAAAACACUGAAGUAGAACUUGUUAAAAGCGAAAUUCCUAAGGAACUUAUUAGGAAAAGAAAAAUGCAAAAGGAGUAUGCUCAAGAACUUGGAAUUACUCCAUCGGCUUUAUCCAAAUGUAUUAAAAGAAGAAAGAAAGAUUCUUCGACAGA